AUGAAAUUUGAAUCAUUACCAAAUGAAAUUUUACUUGAUUACUUUGGAUAUUUCAAUGCAUUGGAUCUGUUUUAUGCAUAUGAUGGAUUAAAUUAUCGUUUAAACAAAUUAAUUCGAAUUUUACCAUUACAUCUUAAUUUUCAAUAUGCAAAUAAAUCAAAAUUUGGUGAAUUUUGUCGAACAAUGUCAUUAAAUGAGGAAUUAAGAAAUCAAAUCUAUGCAUUACAUUUAUCAAAUCAAGAAACAGAUUUUCAAAUCGAAGCAUUUCUCUCAUUUUUGUCACUUAAUCAAUUCAUUAAUCUUCGAUCAUUGUCUAUAACCGAAACUGAUUCCAUUGAUAGUACAAAAAUAAUAUCCAUGUUAUCAUCAAUAUCUAAACUACAAACAUUAUCAAUUAUUUCUUCAGAUUUUCCAUUCAAUACCAUCAAUGAAACAUUAUUCAUUUAA